AUGAAUUCGUUAAACUUGGAUCUAUUGGAAAUUAUACUAGCGAGGUUACCGAUAAGAACAUCACAAUUUGCAACUUGCGACGCUAAAAACAAAGAAAUCUUGGCUCACUACGGAUGUGACAAUUGGGGACUUUCACUAUCCCUUUAUUCUUACAUCUCUUCUUUCCUAACCGACGAGUUCGAGAACCACAAGGACCCAACAGUUUAUGUCCUGGCUUACACGGAUGUCGGAUUGAUUUUGGUCUGUUCGUAUUCUGAUACCAUCGGGAGAACCAACUAUGUGGCUAAUCCGAUUUCACGACAAUGUGUUGGUAUCCCUACUCCGCCUCCUCAAACCCUACUUAGAGUAUCAAGACCCGUACCCUCCGGACUCGUCACAAGAGUUGAGGAUGGCGUCGUUUUAGGUUACAAAGUUGUUUUGAUCAGUGCAAGAAACAUCAUCGAUGUCAUAACUCUACUUAUUUAUUCAUCUGAGACCGGCUUGUGGAGUUUGACCACUCUCCGUUCUUCUCUCCUUUUGCGCCGUAUUGUUUGGCACAAUCCCGUUAACUUGAACGGAAGCCUUUACUGGCUCGGUUAUGAGCAGUCUAAACCUAAAAUUCAAGUUGUUGUAUCACAUGAUUUCUACGCUAAAUCUGAUCUAUGCCAAGUUUUACAUUUCCCGGACGACUUGAAUAACAAAUCAGAUUGUACAAGACUACCUUGCACAACUUCCCAAGGGUUUCUUAUGUAUAUGAACAUAAGUUUAGAGCGUAGGUUAAGUAUAUGGAGGCUAGAGAGCUGCGAAUGGAAAUUAGUAGCUCAGAUAACUUCAAAGACGGCUUUUGAUUACAUUCCACUGGCAAUAAACCCUUUUGAUUCUAAUAUAGUCUACCUGCUGAGGAACAUGCAUCACUGUUUGGCAUGUGCAAACUUGGACAAAGGCAAGUUUGAGGACCAUAUUAGCGACAGCGGCACUCUGACUUUUUCUGGCGACUGGGACACGGCGGUAAAAGAUCACUAUGAAGCAUAUCACACCUUUUCUCUCCCGCGUUGGCUCUAUCGGAUUCCUUCCUCACUCUCUUGA